GCUGGUCGCGUGCUGGUGUCAUGGCGGCUUGCAGGCGCUGCUGCUGGUGCCUCCGACUCCGGCAGCGGAGAGAGGGUCCCCGCCGUCUGCCAGGGCGGGAUCGGGCACUCACUCAGUUGCAGGUGCGAGCGCUGUGGAGUAACGCGGGGUCCCGAGCUGUGGCCAUAGAUUUAGGCAACAGAAAAUUAGAAAUAUCCUCUGGAAAACUGGCCAGAUUUGCAGAUGGCUCUGCUGUAGUACAGUCAGGUGACACUGCAGUGAUGGUCACAGCAGUCAGUAAAACAAAACCAUCACCAUCCCAGUUCAUGCCUUUGGUGGUUGACUACAGACAGAAGGCUGCUGCAGCAGGUAGAAUUCCUACAAACUAUCUUAGAAGAGAGAUUGGUUCUUCCGAUAAAGAAAUUCUAACAAGUCGAAUUAUAGAUCGUUCAAUUAGACCUCUCUUUCCAGCUGGCUACUUUUAUGAUACGCAGAUCCUUUGUAAUCUGUUAGCAGUUGACGGUAUCAAUGAACCAGAUGUUCUAGCAGUUAAUGGUGCUUCUGUAGCACUCUCAUUAUCAGAUAUUCCUUGGAAUGGACCCAUUGGUGCAGUUCGAAUAGGAAUGAUUGAUGGAGAAUGUGUUGUUAACCCAACUCGAAAAGAAAUGUCUUCUAGUCCUUUAAACUUAGUGGUUGCUGGAGCACCGAAAAGUCAUGUUGUCAUGUUAGAAGCCUCUGCAGAAAACAUUUUACAGCAGGACUUUUGCCAUGCUAUCAAAGUAGGAGUGAAAUAUACCCAACAAAUAAUUCAGGGCAUCCAGCAGUUGGUAAAAGAAAUUGGUGUUACCAAGAGGACACCUCAGAAGUUAUUUACUCCUUUGCCAGAGAUUGUGAAACAUGCUCAUAAACUCGCCAUGGAGAAACUCUAUGCAGUUUUUACGAAUUAUGAACAUGAUAAAAUUUCCAGAGAUGAAGCUGUUAACAAGAUAAGGUUGGAUACAGAGGAACAACUAAAAGAAAAAUUUCCAGAAGCCGAUCCAUUUGAAAUAAUAGAGUCCUUCAAUGUUGUUGCAAAGGAAGUUUUUAGAGGUAUUAUUUUGAAUGAAUACAAAAGGUGUGAUGGUCGAGAUUUGACUUCACUUAGGAAUAUAAAUUGUGAGGUGGAUAUGUUUAAAACACUUCAUGGAUCAGCAUUAUUUCAAAGGGGACAAACACAGGUGCUUUGUACUGUGACAUUUGAUUCAUUAGAAUCCAGUAUUAAGUCGGAUCGGAUUAUAACAGCUAUAAAUGGUGUAAAAGAUAAAAAUUUCAUGUUACACUAUGAGUUUCCUCCUUAUGCAACUAAUGAAAUUGGCAAAGUCACUGGUGUAAACAGAAGAGAACUUGGGCAUGGUGCACUUGCUGAGAAAGCCUUGUAUCCUGUUAUUCCAAAGGAUUUUCCUUUCACUAUAAGAGUCACAUCUGAAGUCUUAGAGUCAAAUGGAUCAUCCUCUAUGGCAUCUGCAUGUGGUGGAAGUUUAGCACUGAUGGAUGCAGGAGUUCCAAUUUCAUCUGCUGUUGCAGGUGUAGCAGUAGGAUUGGUCACCAAAAACAAUGCUGAGAAGGGUGAAAUAGAAGAUUAUCGUUUACUGACAGAUAUUCUGGGAAUUGAAGAUUACAAUGGUGACAUGGAUUUCAAAAUAGCUGGCACUAAUAAGGGAAUAACUGCAUUACAGGUAUAUUUAAAAUCCAUUUUAUUUCAUUUUUAUAGUGUUUAAGUAACAUCAGUUGCAAAGAAGGAAAUAUUACAGAUUAUGAACAAAACUAUUGCAAAGCCUCGAGCAUCUAGAAAGGAAAAUGGACCAGUUGUAGAAACUGUUCAGGUUCCGUUAUCAAAACGAGCAAAAUUUAUUGGACCAGGUGGAUAUAAUUUAAAAAAACUUCAGGCUGAAACAGGUGUAACUGUCAGUCAGGUGGAUGAAGAAACAUUUUCUGUAUUUGCACCAACACCCAGUGCUAUGCAUGAGGCCAGAGACUUUAUUAACGAAAUCUGCAAAGAUGAUCAGGAGCAGCAAUUAGAAUUUGGAGCAGUAUAUACCGCCACGAUAACUGAAAUCAGAGAUUCUGGGGUGAUGGUAAAACUGUAUCCAAAUAUGACUGCAGUCCUACUUCAUAACACACAGCUUGAUCAACGAAAGAUUAAACAUCCCACUGCCCUAGGAUUAGAAGUUGGCCAAGAAAUUCAGGUGAAAUACUUUGGUCGUGAUCCUGCUGAUGGAAGAAUGAGGCUUUCUCGUAAAGUUCUUCAGUCUCCAGCUACUACUGUUGUCAGAACUCUUAAUGAUAGAAGCAGUAUUGUACUGGGAGAACCUGUCUCACAGUCAUCAUCUAAUUCUUCUCGGUGAUUUUUUGUUAUUUUGUUUUGUUUCGUUUGAGAAUUCUAGGGUGGUAUUCUGUUGAGCAAAAUUUUAGUAGUAUCUUUUAGUGUGUAGACUUAUAUGUACUCUAAUAUAUUCUAAUUAUUUUUAUUAAAAUGCUCAUUUACGUGUGCCAUUUUUUAAUUUUAA